AUGGUGGAAAGAAGGAAUAAGAUAUCAACAUAUAAAUAUGGUGUCCUUAAACUAAACCUUGAUACCAAAAAUGAGAUACUUAUGUUCUACGAACUGUUAAGCUUAGAUUCAAUCUUCAGUUUAGAUCUUGGAGGUAUAUCCACUGUGGUUCUAAAUGGCUAUGAUGUAGUAAAGGAAUGCCUUGUUCAUCAAAGCGAAAUUUUUGCAGACAGACCAUGCCUUCCAUUAUUCAAGAAGAUGACAAAAAUGGGAGGUUUACUCAAUUCCAAAUAUGGCCGAGGAUGGGUUGAUCACAGAAGGUUAGCUGUAAACAGCUUUCGCUAUUUUGGAUAUGGCCAAAAGUCUUUUGAAUCUAAAAUUUUAGAGGAAACCAAAUUUUUCAUUGAUGCUGUUGAAACAUACAAAGGCAGACCUUUUGACUUCAAACAGUUAAUAACAAAUGCUGUUUCAAACAUAACCAAUCUGAUUAUUUUUGGAGAACGAUUCACUUACGAAGACACUGAUUUCCAACACAUGAUUGAGCUAUUUAGUGAGAAUGUGGAGCUAGCUGCCAGUGCCUCAGUCUUCCUGUAUAAUGCCUUCCCAUGGAUUGGCCUCUUACCUUUUGGAAAACAUCAACAGCUGUUCAGAAAUGCCGCUGUGGUCUAUGAUUUUCUCUCCAGGCUUAUCGAAAAAGCUUCUCUCAACAGAAAGCCUCAGUUACCUCAGCAUUUUGUUGACGCUUAUUUAGAUGAGAUGGAUCAGGGUAAAAAUGACCCAUCAUCUACUUUCUCCAAAGAAAACCUAAUUUUCUCUGUGGGUGAACUCAUCAUUGCUGGAACUGAAACUACAACCAAUGUGCUACGAUGGGCAAUUCUUUUCAUGGCACUUUAUCCUAACAUUCAAGGACAAGUUCAGAAAGAGAUUGAUUUGAUUAUGGGACCCAAUGGGAAGCCUUCUUGGGACCACAAAUGCAAAAUGCCUUACACUGAGGCAGUUUUGCAUGAAGUUUUACGAUUCUGUAAUAUAGUGCCAUUAGGGAUUUUCCAUGCAACCUCUGAAGAUGCAGUUGUACGUGGUUAUUCUAUUCCUAAAGGCACAACAGUAAUCACAAAUCUUUAUUCUGUACAUUUUGAUGAAAAGUACUGGAGAGACCCAGAAAUAUUCUAUCCGGAGCGAUUUCUGGACAGCAAUGGAUAUUUUUCCAAGAAGGAAGCUUUGGUUCCGUUUUCCCUAGGACGAAGACACUGUCUUGGAGAACAGCUGGCUCGGAUGGAAAUGUUCCUGUUUUUUACAGCAUUGCUUCAGCGGUUUCACUUGCAUUUUCCCCAUGAACUGGUUCCAGAUCUGAAGCCCAGGUUAGGCAUGACCUUGCAGCCCCAGCCCUUCCUCAUCUGUGUGGAAAGACGCUGAAAGGGCACGAUGCCGUGUGGAAUGAGGCCAUAUGUUCACCUCACCCCUGAACCUAGUUUAAUCAUUGUAUGUGUUUGGACAAAAGCCACAGCAUCAGAAAG